AUGGUCACGCUGGAGAGGCAACAUGCAGACAGGGUCACGCUGGAGAGGCGACAUGCAGACAGGGUCACGCUGGAGAGACUAUGUGCAGAUAUGGUCACGCUGGAGAGGCGGCAUGCAGACAGGGUCACGCUGGAGAGGCCGCAUGCAGACAGGGUCACCCUGGAGAAGCGACAUGCAGACAGGGUCAUGCUGGAGAGGCCGCGUGCAGAUAUGGUCACGCUAGAGAGGCGGCAUGCGGAUAUGGUCACGCUGGAGAGGCCGCAUGCAGACAGGGUCACGCUGGAGAGGCGACAUGCAGACAGGGUCACGCUGGAGAGGCGACAUGCAGACAGGGUCAUGCUGGAGAGGCCGUAUCCAGAUAGGGUCACACUGGAGAGACUGGCUCAUAAAGCCAUUGUGCCAUCUGGAAUAUGUCUGACUUCCUUUCUUGCCCAAAUUGAUCUGUACAUUGAACCAUUUUCCCAAGAUGUAGAUCUCUUCAGUGUGCAUGCAGAUGGCUAUACCACUGAUGACAUAGAGUUUUACUGGAAUGGAGGAGAGGGGGCAGUAACUGGUGUUAAUAAAAUCGAACUUCCUCAAUUUUCAAUUGUUGACUACAAGAUGGUGUCUAAGAAGGUGGAGUUCACAACAGGAGCAUAUCCACGACUGUCACUAAGUUUUCGUCUAAAGAGAAACAUUGGUUACUUCAUUUUGCAAACCUACAUGCCUUCUACACUGAUUACAAUUCUGUCCUGGGUGUCUUUUUGGAUCAACUAUGAUGCAUCUGCAGCCAGAGUCGCACUAGGAAUCACGACAGUGCUUACAAUGACAACCAUCAGCACCCACCUCAGGGAGACCCUGCCAAAGAUCCCUUAUGUCAAAGCAAUUGAUAUUUAUCUGAUGGGCUGCUUUGUGUUUGUGUUCCUGGCUCUGCUGGAGUAUGCCUUUGUAAAUUACAUCUUCUUUGGGAAAGGCCCUCAGAAAAAGGGAGCUAGCAAACAAGACCAGAGUGCCAAUGAGAAGAACAAAUUGGAGAUGAAUAAAGUCCAGGUCGACGCCCACGGUAACAUUCUCCUCAGCACCCUGGAAAUCCGGAAUGAGACGAGUGGCUCGGAAGUGCUCACGAGCGUGAGCGACCCCAAGGCCACCAUGUACUCCUAUGACAGCGCCAGCAUCCAGUACCGCAAGCCUCUGAGCAGCCGUGAGGCCUACGGGCGCACCCUGGACCGGCACGGGGUGCCCAGCAAGGGGCGCAUCCGCAGGCGCGCCUCUCAGCUCAAAGUCAAGAUCCCCGACUUGACUGACGUGAAUUCCAUAGACAAAUGGUCCCGAAUGUUUUUCCCCAUCACCUUUUCUCUUUUUAAUGUCGUUUAUUGGCUUUACUAUGUACACUGAGGUCUGUUCUAAUGGUUCCAUUUAGACUACUUUCCUCUUCUAUUGUUUUUUAACCUUACAGGUCCCCAACAGCGAUACUGCUGUUUCUUGAGGUAAGAGAUUCAGCCAUCCAAUUGGUUUUAGGUCUUGCAUAUCAGUUUUAUUACUGCACCAUGUUUACUUCAAAAAGACAAAACAAAAAAAUAUAUUUUUUUCCAGUCUACCUUGGUCCAGGUUAUCAGCUCUGUAAGAGCUCUAUUAAUUGCCAUGUUUACAAACAAACAAACACAAAGAGAGAAGUUAAAUAGGUAGAUCUUUAGCAGUCUUUUCUAGUUGCCCUGAAUUUUACUGAUUUAUUUUUUAGGGAAAAUGAAAAGAAGACCUUGCUGUCCGCCUGCACUACUUCCUGGUAAACUGUAACAAUCUUAUGCUGCCAAAAAAAA